AUGGAUGUCACUACUGUUAAUUUGAAUGAAUUGGGAAAUAAUUCUGGUGCAGUUGAUCCAAAUGUUGCUGCCUGUAGGGAUGGAUUGAAAAUCUAUGUCAAGUACAGUGGUUGGAUUGUCGAUAAUGAUCCAAAGAAGGGUUUUUCAUUGGGUAAAUUAUUUGACACUAAUGAGAAUUCAAAUAACUUGUUCGGAUUUAAAUUUGGAGAAUCUGAAGUAAUAAGUGGAUGGGAACAUGCAUUGAAAAAUGUUCGUCAAGGCGGAAAGAAAUUCUGUGUUAUUCCUUCUCAUUUAGCUUAUGGAGAACGUGGUGCUGCCAAUGUUAUUCCACCAAAUUCAAUUCUCUGCUUCCAAAUUGAAGUUGUUAAAAUCAAA